GUACUCCGCGUGUUGUUGUUUUCUCUGCUCCCUGUCACAACAAUGUACCAAAUCAGCUAAUUUCGUGUCUGUUUGCCAAAAAUCCUCUUAUCGCAUCGAGGAUUAAUGAAAGAAAAGUCCCCCGGAACGGAUAGCACACCAGUGACGUCGGUAAAAUGCCCUCCCGAACCGGUAUCCUUACGGCGGUCCAUCUGGCCAACAUAGCGAAAACGCUUUCCGCUACCCGGCCCUAUGCCCUCAGCACGCUCUACCUGCAGUUCCAUCCGCAGGUGGCCGCGAACGUAAGUUGUCCCCGGGCGCUCGGUCGCUUUGUGGCAAGUGUGUACCAAUCGUCCGUAACGUGGCUCGGGUCCGAGGUGGACCUACGCAUUGUGACCGGAUCGCUGCGACCGAACGGGGCCAGCUUCGAGUCGUUUGCUAACCGUGCACGGCCCACGACGGCCGAUUAUCUCUUUUACGAUUACGCACUGAGUUCGUCCGGGGCCGGCGGUGAACGAUGUCUUGCCGAACGGUAUCCGGGUGUGAAGGUGGUGGAGCUGGAUACACUCCCCGUGGAUCGGGUCAGUCUCCCACCGGACCUGGACAAACAGCUGCAAACGUACCGCAAUGUGGUACUCGGUGGUACGUUCGAUCGGAUUCACGCCGGUCAUAAGGUGCUGCUUACGCAGGCGGUUUUGCUUGCGACGGAACGGGUGGUCGUUGGCGUUACGGACGGUGGAAUGAUUAAGAGUAAAAAGCUGCACGAACUCAUACUGCCAGCCGCCCACCGGAUAGAGCAUGUGAAGGAGUUCCUGGAGGAUGUCGAUCCGUUUCUGCGGUACGAAGUGGUGCCCAUACUCGAUCCCUUCGGUCCAACGGCCACCGAUCCAGACAUGGAUCUUAUCGUUGUCAGCACUGAGACGGCUCGCGGCGGCGCCAAAGUGAACGAGCUGCGCGCCCAGAACGGACUGAAUCAGCUCGAAGUGCACACCAUCGAGCUGCUGGACGACGAGAGCACCGUCGAGGAUAAGGAGGACAAAAUCAGCUCCAGCAACCAGCGGAUGGAUCUGCUCGGGACGCGACUACGGCCACGGCGACCCGCCCCGGCCCACAUUCCCCCGAAACCGUACAUUAUCGGCAUGAUCGGAGGCAUUGCGGCCGGUAAGAGCAAAAUGCUCGAACGGUUCCGUGAGCUUGGCGCCGGUGUGGUGGACUGCGAUAAGAUCGGCCACCAGCUGUACGAACCGGGCGAGGAGUGUUACGAGCAGGUGGUGGCCACCUUCGGUCGGGAAAUUCUUGCCCCGGACGGGAAGAUCAAUCGCCGAGCGCUCGGUGCCAUCGUGUUCGCCGACCGGGCCAAGCUGGACCGGCUGAACGAGAUUAUGUGGAAAGCGAUCGCGAAGCGCGCGAACGAGGAAAUUCGCACGCUGCACGAGCAGCACGGCAAGCAGGUGGUGGUGAUGGAGGCCGCAGUAAUGCUGCAAGCCGGAUGGCACAAAAACUGCCACGAGGUGUGGUCGUGCAUCGUGCCACGAGAGGAAGCGAUCCGGCGGUUGAUGGAGCGCAAUCAGUUCGAAGAGCGCGAGGCGGUACGGCGUGUCGAUGCGCAACCAUCGUCCAACGAGGAGAUGGUGCAGCAUUCGGACAUCGUCUUCUGCACGCUGUGGAGCUACGAGUACUCGCAGCAGCAGGCCGAGAGGGCCUGGUCCAUUCUGCAGCAGGAAAUGAAACUGAAGCUUUAAAAGCACUCUCAAGCACAAACUGAUCGAUUGAACGUACCAAGCUUGUGUUAACACGUUUGCUUUAUAGUAUAUACAGUGCAGGAUUCGAAAUUCUUUGUAAAUGGGUUUUAUGGGAUAAGAAUGCGUUAAUAAACUAAAUUCCAGUGAGUACAGCUACAA